AUGGAUGCAAUUCUUUAUGUAAAGAAUGUUUUAGAUCUAAUAGUGGCAACUAAUUUAAUUUAAACUCUCUUAUUUUUGAAUAUAUAGACUUGUUUAGAUAUUUAUCCUAUGUUUUAUGAUUUAACCUAUUAUGUACACAAUGAUGCAUAUUUUGUUCAUUUAUGA